CCCGUUCCUGCUCGUCUGUACGAGCAUCCGCUCCUUGUAGACCUCAGCACAAGCAGCAUUGCACAUGAGUAUUUGCGCGUCCUUGCGUGGGGCACAGGGUAGAGGAACAGCUCGCAUGCCCGCUGCACGAAUCCGCAGACGGAAGGUUUGCAGCUUGCUCAUCGUCAAGGCUGGUCACCCCAGCCUCUCAUUCGCCCGCCGCGGCGGUCCAGCAUCAUCACCGCCUUGUCCCCCUCCCUCCGCGCAAAGCAGAGGCACGCUCCCUUUUGUUCGCGUGGUCUCCUCUUUUUGCACCGUAUUUUCCUAUGUCCUCUUCUUCGUCCUCUUCACGUAGACAUCAUGUCGCCCCCUCCAGCCACGCCGCCCAAUGAUCACGAGCGGGCGUCGCUGUGGCCCUCGCCUCAAUUUAGCGACUACUUCAGUGACGCGGGAGAUUCCUCGACGUGCACUGCUGCUGACCAGCGCAAAUUGUACACGCCGGUCCAGGUGCGCAUCCUCGACCGGCUGGGUGCCAUUGCGCGUAAAGUCGCCGAGCACGAACAGGACGGAGGCCAAACGCCGCAUCUCAGCGACUUUGACUCGGAGCUAUCCGCUCUCGAGACUAAGCUCAAUGCGCCCGAGUCGCAGACGAGGGAGAUAGCUGAAGAGACCGGCUCGUUGUUCCAAGACGAGGACGAUCCCGCCGUGCUCCUAGCCGAGAACGAUGACUUACGCCGGGAGCUUCGUGAAGGUCGCGAUGUCAUUGCGCGCAUCACAAGACUGAGAGAAUCGCUGCAGCAGCACUACGACGAGAUGAAGGCCAAUUACCAGCUCGCCAUUCAGCGUUUGAGCGCGGCUUCAGAAGCCUUGUCGACACUCAAGCAAGAGAACGAGAGCUUGAAGGCCGACAACGAAAAACUACGCGAGCAGAACAUCCGCCUGCACGAUGACCUCCAAAGUGCCAUCCCGACGAUAUCCCGCCUCAAAUCACGUCUAGAGAACGUUGAACGCUCCUUGCUACAACCCUGUGAGCCUGAGGAGCGCGACAAACUUGAGCAGAGCAUAGUGUCACUGAACCACGAGUUUGACGACGUCGAGCUGGACUUCAAGGACAUCGCUCGGCGAUACAGGAAGUCGUCGAGCAGCAGGGUAGAUUCGGCUAUUGGUAAUUGCUCUUCACAAUCACCAACAUGCGACGCUCGAUCCGUCUCUCCAGAGACGGGUCAUCGUUCGAUGAUCAUCAUCAGAAGAGGCGGACUAAUUCGUCGUAUUGAUGCAGAUGCCUAUUCCUCAUACAGCGAGGAGCUGGACGAGUCAGACGACGCCGAGCAGGAUGACGAGCAGGAUGACGAGCAGGAAGUUGAAAAGUCCUCGGACGUGCAACACGGGUCAGAUGAUUUUCAGCAUCCGGACAGCAGUGAGGAGAGGGAAGACGAGAAGCCUGAACCGGUUCGCAAGACUAGGAAGACUCCGUGGGAAGAGCUAUGGGACUCAAUCGCCGAGUUCGCCGGAAUGCACAAUUACUAUGACGAUUCGACCUGAACCAGGACAUUCUGAGCACUGGACCUUGCUUCAAGGAUAUGCGAAGUCGUAGAAAGCGACAAUCUAAUCUUAUGAUUGAGCCGUGGGUUGACCAUGUUCGCUGCAAGCAAGUUUCAUGAUGUAUGAUCUUAUGACAGCAUGAUACCCCAGUAUGGACAUUAGAGGCGUGGGUAUCUCUUCGGCUUUAGUGCUACCAACAAUGCUGUGGUGUGUAUUCAAAAAACGCACGAUCUCCUUUCUG